GCAUUACACAAGUUUCGCUUGUCCGCUUUGUUUGAUCUCACAACAAAUACUAGGUCUGCAGCACAAAAACAUGGCGGCUCAAAGAAUUCGCCCAUUGAUUUGCCUGAGACUUCCGAGACUGUUCAGGAGACAGCACAGUUCGUCUGCCCUUGGUGGUGGUGGCAGCCAGCUAUCGUCGCUUCAGCGGGGCACUGGCGGCAGGAGCUCGUUCAGCGGAGUCGUGUGCACCGUCUUUGGAGCCUCGGGAUGCCUAGGCCGCUUCCUGGUCAACAAGCUGGGCAAGAUUGGCACGCAGCUUGUGUUGCCAUCGAGGACGAACCUCUACGAUAUGCAGCGCUUGAAACUUUGCGGUGACCUCGGCCAGGUGCUGUUUACGCCAUUCAACCUGAAAGAUGAACUGAGCAUUGCCAAAGCGAUGAAGUAUUCCAAUGUGGUCAUCAACCUUAUUGGAAAGGAUACAGAGACUAGCGGUCUGGCUAUGUGCUUCUGUGCUGCCCUUCUCAGCAGUGCCAAAAAGAAAGAGACCCAGGAGUGUGUUGAUUCGGCAGUGGACACUACGGUCUAUGGCAACGAGCAGUUUAUGAUCGUCCGACCAGGCGUAACGAGAGCCGAGCGCAUUGACCAUCUCUACCCAAACAUCGGCAUCGUCCUGCAAACCGGAGAAUUCCUGAAGUUCCGAAAGAACCGGAUGCGCGAAUACGAUGAUCUACAAAGUGCAAGAGAUCUGGACUUCCUCAAAGGUUACCAGAGAGCCAUGGGUCUAGACGAUCAGGAGGUGCUCAGACGCGUCGUCCCAGCUGCACUGACUGACACAGCGGCUAGGUGGUAUCGGCUUUCAGGCCACCGAGCAGCAACCCUCGAUGAGUUCCGCACGGCCUUCCUGCGUGAAUUCUUACCCGCUGACUAUGAGAGUAGUAUGCGGCGCAAGCUCGUGCUCCACACACAAGCUCCUGAUGAGUCUCUUCAGGAGUAUGUACGCGCAAUGGAAGACCUUUUCUCUAUCGCUGAGCCCAGAGCUUCAAACGGGGAACGCGUCGAAGAGGUGAUCAGUGCUCCUGCGACUUUUCAGACUCUCAUGGACCGCGUUCUCGGAAAACCACCCCUUCAUCCUAUCGUCGUGGGCCCUGGAGGUGUUCAGGGACCUGCUGACGUCAGACGGACAGCUGACUGUGUCCUGCUCUCGGCCGUUGCCGAGAAGCCUUGCUGCCGUUUGCCUUACGGCUACUGCACGAGGGUAGCUGACAUGGCAGCUGUGCCUGGCUCUCUGCCGAUGCCAGGACGCCUUGCAGCCAAUUUGGUUUGGCGUCAGGAUUACAGCAGAAGGACUGGCUGUCCCAGGGAGGUCUUUCAUCAUCCAGCCGGGAAUUCGGGACCUCCGAAUCACCAUCAAAGCGGUGUUCAUCAGACUCGCGGGUCUGUCAUCAACAAGAGCGACGAGCCGAAGUGGCUUGGAGAGCAGGUGGUUAGGGAGGCAUUUCCUGGAGCCAUAAUUUUCCGUCCUGCAGACAUGUAUUCCACUGGGGAUCACUUCCUGAGUUACUAUGUCUCCAAUUUGCGCAGGAACUUGACAUACGUGCCUGUGUGGAACAAAGGCAAGGGGAUCGUCAAGCAGCCUGUCUACACCGGCAAUGUGGCUGCAGGUGUGGUCAAUGCUAUCUUUGAGCAGGGCAAUGAAGGCGAGAUUUACCAGGCUGUUGGGCCUCGUCGUUAUGAACUGGGUGAGCUGAUCGACUACAUGUUCAGAGUGAUGCGAAGAGAAGUUGGAUACAUUCGUUAUGACAUGCGUUUUGACCCAUUUUUCUUGUUGCGUGUGCAGUUCCUUGAGACGUUUGGCUUCAAGUAUCCACACCUGUCAUGGGAGAGGUUGGAAAGGGAGCACACGUCGGAUGUUGUGUAUUAUGAGCACCCAACCCUGGAUGACCUCAAGGUCUCGCUCACCUGCAUUGAGGACAGAUUCCCAUUCGAGCUCAAGUACUACCGUGAGGCUGCGUACUACGACCCAGACAUUGCCCAGUUUGAGAAAGUCAGGCCUCCGCCUGUCAUUCUCGAUUGAUUCUGCUGUACAAAACAAAUCGAGAGGCCUCAA